AGAUUUAAUGAGACUUUUAUGUGACAAGAGAUUUCUCAUAAGGAAAUGGAGACCUGAAGAUACAAAAUUAAACCCUUCCGUUCUCUAUUGGUCAAAAGAUAGUAAAUUAUGAAUAUGUGAUGGUGUAAAGGGGCUGAGGCUAAAGUAGUCAACUGGAUGAAGUGGCCCAAAACUAGAUUAGAAUAACAAAGUUCCUGGCCUCAACUUUCCAUAUGUGGUGAUAGGAAUACUUUUCUUCUGGUAUUGGGAGAAUAUUUUUCACCAGAGAAUUUUACUUUUAAAAGAGAAUAUGAAGGUUGGAGUAAUCCUCUUGCACUGCUAUUUUACGUAUCUUUACCUCAAAAUAAUACUACAUUGGAGUGACACAUUUUGGGGUAUCCUAUUCUUAAUUCCUUCAUAUCCACUUUAACUCCUUUCUUUGUCCUGGGCACUGAAAAUGACCAUGGAGAUGUCAUACAUGGCAAGGUCCCUGUUCAAAAGAAGUUAGUCUAGUUGGAAUAACAGUAAUGAAAAACAUUUAUGCCACUAGUUAAUGGAAUGCUGGAUUUGAACUUAUUUUUAAGUACUAAAAUCUCAGUUUCCCACUAAAAUACAUAGCUAUGUCAAAGGAGUGUGGAACUUCAUUAAAAGUAUGAGGACAAAAUUACGCUACUAGCAAAGAUUAAGUAUGAGAAUCAUAUAAUCAACAUUUUACUUGUUUGUUGGCUUAUUGUGGCCAGAAAAACAGGGCAUAAAUAGGGGUUGGAAAGAAUAAGGAGUGAGGUGAGAGGGGAAGAGAGAGAAAAUAUGGAGCAGAGACCUUGGAAACAUGGAUUCAUCCUGGCAAAGGGAAUGAGGUAAUAGCAGUAAGGGGGAAAAGAGGGGUGGGUUUCCAGAGAUGCUGAAAUGGAGAAACAAAACAGGUUUUAGCCUUUCUCCUUGCCUUGCAGACUGAUGGGGGAUUGAGGAGAGAUGUGAGGGAAGAGUGGGGUCAAUAAGAUAUUCUGUGCGUAGCUUGACCUGCGCACAUGACGUUGCUACUUCUGCAUGUAAGGAAUAUGGGCUCAGAAGCAGGCUGAGGAAAUACUACAGGUUUCUAUUUCCUCUUAACAGUGUAGAGAGAGACUGAAGGGUCUUGAGCAUGUCGGGGGAUGCAAUGGGUCUGUCUUUGCUGUUAUUGCCCUGUUUAAUACUACUACCACUGCUGCUGCUGAUCCUCACACUCUGUAUCCCCAGCUCUGCAUAAGGUUGCUCUAUGUUUUCUUUACAGUAGUCACAACAAUCCUCUGAUAAAUGUUCAUCUUUAUUUUACACUGGGUAAACUGAAGCAUAAUGAGGUUUAGUAUUGCAAGGUGAUAUUGCUAACCACCGGAGCAGAGAUUCAACCUGACUCCAAUGCCUAUGCUCUUUCCAGCUCCUUCUACCCACUCGGUUUCAAAUCAUUCAAGUUUGAAGCACCUGUGGGGCACCCAGAUUUGCUCAUUUGUCAAGUGUGGAUAAUAAUAAUUGCCUAAAUGCAUCUGAAAAUGUGAAACACAGAUAAAAAGAUGGCAUAUCAAAAGGUCAAUGCAGAUCAAAGAGCUUCAGGACACUCACAGUACUUAGACAAUGAUGACCUUCAAGCCACUGCCCUUGAUUUAGAGUGGGACAUGGAGAAGGAACUGGAAGAACCUGGUUUUGACCAGUUUCAGCUAGAUACUGCAGAGAAUCAGAACCUUGGGCACUCAGAAACUGCGGACCUCAAUCUUGAUUCCAUUCAACCAGCAACUUCACCCAAAGGAAGGUUCCAGAGACUUCAGGAAGAAUCUGACUAUGUUGCCCAUUAUGGAAGAUCUGCACCAAAGAGCAACCGCUGCCACAUUUUAAAAAUACUUUGCACAGCCACCAUAUUAUUUAUUUUUGGAAUUUUGAUAGGUUAUUAUGCACAUACAAAUUGCCCUUCAGAUGCCACAACCUCAGGAACAAUCGAUCCUCAGUUAUACCAAGAGAUUCUCAAGACAAUCCAAGCAGAAGAUAUUAAGAAGUCUUUCAGAAAUUUGGUAGAACUCUAUAAAAAUGAAGAUGACAUGGAAAUUUCAAAGAGGAUUAAGACUCACUGGACUUCUUUGGGCCUAGAAGAUGUACAGUUGGCAAAUUAUUCUGUGCUGCUGAACCUGCCAGGUCCAUCUCCCAGCACUGUGACUGUGAGCAGCAGUGGCCAAUGCUUUCAUCCUGAUGGCCAGCCUUGUAGUGAAGAAGCCAGAAAAGAUAGCAGCCAAGAUCCGCUAUACUCCUAUGCAGCCUAUUCUGCCAAAGGAACUCUCGAGGCUGAAGUCAUUGAUGUGAGUUAUGGAACAGCAGAUGAUUUAAAAAUGAUUAAAAAAGUCAAAAAUAUAACAAAUCAGAUUGCACUCCUGAAAUUAGGAAAAUUACCUCUACUUUAUAAGAUUUCUUUAUUGGAAAAGGCUGGAUUUGGAGGUGUUCUUCUAUAUAUUGAUCCUUGUGAUUUACCAAAGACUGCAAAUAUUAACUAUGAUAACUUCAUGGUGACGCUGAAUCCAGGAGGAGACCCUUCUACGCCUGGCUACCCAAGUGUUGAUGGAAGCUUCAGACAAAGCCAGUCAAACCUCACCUCCCUGUUGGUGCAGCCCAUUUCUGCAUCCCUUGUGGCAAAACUGAUCUCUUCUCCAACAACUAGAAGCAAAAGCAACAUCUGUAGCCCUCUCGAGCUUCCAAACAAUGAAAUAAGAAUUGUCAGCAUGCAAAUUCAGACAGUCACAAAAUUCAAGACAGUCACUAAUGUUAUUGGAUAUUUAAAGGGCAUGGCCUCUCCAGACCGAUAUAUUAUAGUUGGCAGUCACCAUUACUCUGGAUACAGUUAUAAUGGACAAGAAUGGGCUAGUAGUACUGCAAUCAUCACAGCAUUUAUCCGAGCAUUGAUGUUAAGGGUUAAGAAAGGAUGGAGACCUGACCGCACUAUUGUAUUCUGCUCAUGGGGAGGAACAACCUGGGGCAAUAUUGGCUCAUACGAAUGGGGAGAGGAUUUCAAAAAGGUUCUGCAAAAAGAUGUUGUGGCUUAUAUUAGCCUCCACAGUCCCAUAAGGGGGAACUCAAGUCUGCAUCCUGUAGCAUCACCAUCCCUUCAGCAGCUGGUAGUAGAGAAAAAUAAGUUCAACUGUACCAGAAGAGCUCAGUGUCCAGAAACCAAUGUAAGCUCUGUACAGAUACAAGGUGAUGCCGAUUAUUUCAUCAACCAUCUUGGAGUUCCCACCGUGCAGUUUGCUUAUGAGGACAUCAAAGCAUUAGAGGGUCCAAGUUUUCUCUCUGAGGCCGUUUUUCCUAAAGAUGCAACAAAAAUUGAAGAAAUGGAUCCUUUUUUCAACCUUCAUGAAACCAUAAGCAAGCUCUCAGGAGAAGUGAUUUUGCAAAUUGCCAAUGAACCAGUUCUGCCCUUUAAUGCUCUUGAUAUAGCUUUAGAAGUUCAAAACAGCCUUAAAGGUGAUCAUCCCAAUGCUCAGCACCUGCUAGCCUUGGCAUCAGGACUGCGGGAGAGUGCUGAACUCUUUCAGUCAGAUGAAAUGCGACCUGCUAAUGAUCCCAAGGAGAGAGCUCCUGUCCGUGUUCGGAUGUUGAAUGACAUCCUCCAAGACAUGGAGAAGAGCUUCCUGGUGCAGCAGGUGCCACCGGGUUUUUAUAGAAACAUCCUGUACCACACUGAUGAGAAGACAAGCCAGUUUUCCAUACUCAUGGAGGCUUGGGAACACUGCAAGUCACUUACAUCAAAUGAGACUCUCCAAGAAACCCUGUCAGAUGUGUUGAACAGCAUUAAUUCAGCUCAGGUUUACUUCAAAGCAGGACUUGAUGUAUUUGAAAGUGUCUUGGUUGGAAAGAACUGAGAAAACUCUCAGCAGUUUAAAAAGUUUGUUUACAAUUCUACAAGCAAAAGCUCUAAUCAGACCAGAUUUUCUGACAUUGAAGACUCUCCCUCCUAUGAUUCUUUGACAUGUUUAAAGCUAUUAUUACAUUGUAUUUUUUUAAUGUACAUAUAAAAGAGCACUUUGCACAUUUAGUAUUUUUCUUAUAUCUACAUUUCUGAAUAUGUAAAGGCAAGUUAUUUGAAAAAAAAUAGUUAAGAUUUAUCUGUUAAAAAAAAUCUGCUGUAUUUUUAUAUAUAAACUAUUUUUGGGGAAAGUUCCAAGAAGUUCUGGAUAUCUUCACUUCUCUAGAUAAAAUGUGUAGGAGCACAAGUUAUUCUCUCUGAUAGAGCUAUUAAUGAUUGAGUUUUUAUAAUAGAAAUGGAGAGUUGAUAUGGUUUCAGAUUAACUUUACUAUUAAGUGUUCAAUAUGAAGAAUUCAAGUAUUUUGACUGAGUGAUUGGUUGCCCAAAACCACUUUGAAUGUUUCUACUUUAUGAAAUGAAGUUCCCUUUUUUUAACACAACUAGAUGUAGUAAUACACUGGUUAUGAAAUUGUAUUUUUUAAGUAUUAAUGAAAAAAAGAGCCAUAAACAUUCCAGGGGAAAAUCUCAAGGUAGCUGCACAGAGCAAUUUAAAUGCAAAUUUUUUUCUGAACAACUUAUAAGGUGACUAGCUUUGAAACCCCUAAUUUGCCUCAGUUGGUUUUGUAAGAAUUUUGGGAGUGAUAUAUUUGUCUUAUGAGGGGAAAAAAACAUUUCUUAUUUCUUUUUCUGUGGUUUCUGUUGGGAUCAAUGAAACAGAGGUUACUUCUAAAAUGAAAACAUCUCACAUGGCUUUUCCUUCCGAUCUUUUCUAAAACUCCUUGCUGUAAGGCAGUUUUCACAGAACACUAUAUAAUUUCCUCAGCAAAAUAGCAAUGCUUCUCUUUGAAAACCAAAAAUAUCACCAAAGUGCUUUUUAUGCUACUGACAAAAAAGAAGUUACUAUGAAAGAAAUAUUUGUUUUUGUCAACAAAAACUUCUGUAAAUCUAUGAAGAAAAUUUGAUGUUUUUUUCCUUCUUUAUCCAUAGUUGUGGCUUAGGUAAAAAAAAAAAAAAUAAGUGUAGAAAAUAUGCAUACUUCAUUCAUGCACACAAUGCCAUGUUUCCAUAAGAGUGUCUCUCCCUCACUUCUGUUCUGCUCUCAAGUAAGAAAUUCAGCUGUUCAAACUGAUAUUGUCAUUGACUAGCUCCAGUAUCCUUUAUCCCCACAAACUCUAAAAUAAUUUUCUGUUAAUGGACAGGUUAAACUUUAGCUUACCUUUAAAAGCUAUUUGUAAAAUGUUCUUCUGAUAUUGGAUAACUCCUUACAAAUGUCUGUUAAUACAUUUUCCCUCCCAAACUCAACAUUCACAUACACUUCCCCAUUACACAUUGCCAGUACAACAUUGUAGACCAUCCCUAUACAUCUGAAUCUUCACUUCUUACAGAUAAGCAUAAGCCUAACCUUAGUAUAAGAUAAAGCUGAAGGGGAAGAAUUAAUCAAUAUUGAUUAACUGAUUUAUAUGGUCAGCUGCUUCUAUCCUAAGUAAUAUUUAUAUGUUCAAAGCAGAGAAUUAAGGCAAUUAGUAGACAAUUCAAACAAAAAUUCAUUUGCAUCUGAAUUGCCUGUGUGCACAUAUUUUUACAUGAAAAAUUUAAGUACUUUACAAUUCUUUUUAACCCAUUUACUUAUUUGAAAAUAUUUUCCAUGUUGAAGAAUGUGUUUAGGAAAUGGCUAAGAGUAUUAGGUUCCUGCAUGCAUUGAUGUCAGCUCCCUGAAUGCUCUGCAAAAAUCAAUAGCACACAAGCAGUCAGACUACCCACAUAGACAUGUAUGGGCCUAUGCAGAACGCCUGAUAUCAGGAUCUUAAAUAUUCAAUCAGAGUCCAAUGUGUUCACUCAGUUUCUCAUGUGGAGUUGAAUUAUAUAACAGAUAAUGACAAACUAUUAUCAAUUUGGUAGUCUACCACUUUAGGAAAAAAAUAAUAAAUUAAAUUCACUCCCAUAACUCACAAUAGUAUUGAAAGAAGAAAAUGUUUUUCCUCUUUAUUUUUUUAAAGACUGUUUACAUAGGUAAGUCACAUGGCAUACAUAAAAAAAUCUCAUUAUUUUACGUUCCUUACUUCUAUAUCAUGAGGUAUUUGUUAUAUGAAAACUGCAGUUAAGUAUAUGAAUUAACAUGUCUUUAUUAGUUUAUUCAAGAGAUUGUGUGAAGAAGCUUAAUAACAUUUACAAUAGAUGUUCCACAAUUCUAUAGAUUCUGCUCUACAUCUUUCACUAUGACAAACCGCUUAACUAACAGCAUUACAACUAUGAUAUGAUUACCUCAAGGCCCCCUCCAGAUUUGUAUCGUUUUAAUUUCUCUCCACAAUAAAUCCAAGUAAAUAAAAAUCCUGAACACAUUACAGCAAGUGUUAUGUGAAUUCAUAGUAACAUUUAAAUUGUUUCCAAGACAUCUGGGUGUCUGGUACUUCUCAAAAUACUUCAUACGUAGAAUUGUGCCAGGAGAUAAUGAAUCAUAAGUGAUUAUUAUCCUAAGAAAACACGGCAAAUGUGUAUCUCUGGAAUUUGUGUUCAGGUAGGGUACCCACUGCCCUUUAUGGAAAGCCUGGGUCCUAGAGAUGUGAGGAAGCCUGAGAGACACUUUGAUCUAAGCCCUAGGAUCUUGCAUUCAACCAGAGAAGGUACUGUCAUGAUACAGUGACUAAGAAAUUUAGAAAUAGUCACAUAUUUAGUGACAGGAAAAAAACUAGCUGGAAUGUCAGAUUCUCUGCUUUCUUGUGCAUCAUGCUCUCUCCCUAAGGAUACAAGGUUACAUGACCUCAUCCAGUAUAUUCUAUGUACCGAGCCAUUCUGUCAAAUGUUGUCUGGGUUAGGCAUACCACUUUUUAAUUCCCCACUGGCUUACUCCCUGACUAUACCUGACAAACCAAAAUUUCCCAGGGAAUUCAGGCAAAGUACAGAGACUGGUGACACAGAAGCAAGUGGAGAACCUCUCUGCAGGAAGCGAGAGAACACAGGAGGGAAGACAUUGAGCACAAUGUUUCUACAAAUGAACACUUCAGCCAGGUGUGGUGGUGUAUACCUAUAGUCCUAGUGACUUGGGAGGCUGAGGCCGGAGGAUUAUAAGUUCAUGCUAGCCUCAGGAACUUAUUGAGGCUCUAAGCAACUUAGUGAGUCCUGUCUCAAAAUAAAUAAAAAGAGCUGAGGAUGUGGCUCUGUGAUUAAGCACCCUUGGGUUCAGUCUCUAGUACCAAAAUUAAAAAAAAAAAAUUAUGAAAGCACUUUUCAGCUCAGUAUACAAUCAGCAAUCUAAAGUAAUAUUUCUCAAAAUGUGAAAAUUGGGAUAAAAAAACCUAAAAAUAUCUUUUGAUUUCUGGAUGAUCCUUAAGCACACUAAAGGUUAAGAUUUUCUCAUCUGUAUUAAUUCUGGGUCUUGAGAAAACCUUAGUUGGCAACAUAGCUAAGUUAAUCAGAAGGACCAUAAAGUUUUAUUAAAUGACAUUAUCCAAAAAAAAAAGGACCUAUUUUAUUUCCAAGAAAACCAUUCUGAUGCAGUCAGCAUUUGUGCCUGUUGCAUGACAGACAAGGUUGAUAUUUUUUUUCCUAAUUGAAUCACUCUAACAACCAAUUUUUAAAAUGAGGAAACUAGGUUAAGUGACUUGUCCAAAAUUCCAAGGUUAAUAAAAGAUAGUGAGGUGUUUCCCUUUUCUCUGCUGAACCAUCUACUGUCCACUCCUGUGUUCUUCACACUGAGCACUAUAGAAAACAUCAGAGGAACCUUUUGAUUCGAGAAAGUGAUAUAAUUGAAAGUUUUAAAACCACUGACCAGACUGUCUUAUCUACUUCUUCUGUAAUAUGGUGAAAGAAUUUGAAGAAAGGAGUCCUUAUGGUGGUAGCCUACCUCAAUAAUGAUGUGCAUGUUUUAGUAAAUUUGGGGAUAUUUCUAGGCAUCAGAAGUAUACCAUUGUAGACUAUCAGGGCUACUAGACCCAUAAAUAGGAAAAGGAAACCAAACACCACAGUCACAAUUUCCCCUUCCAAAUGCCUAUGUGAUUUCGUUGAGAUUUAGAACCACAGUUUUAUAUCAGUCUUAAAAACCUCAGAACAACUAAUUGACUUUUUAAAUUAAAUAAAUAUAUAGCAGACAGUAGUUUCCCCACUGGAAAGAUGAGUGUCACAAAAAUAAAUUGUUGUUGCCAUCUUACUAAUGAUGAAUCAGCAUCUUUGCCUCAAAUAAAAUACUAUAAUUAUUUGCAUGAUAAGUUGAUAGGCCUAGUCAAAAUGUUCUCCUGAGACAUUUUGUGGUAUGUGUAAUUAAUUACUUCAAAAAUUAAACUUUAUCUGAGGAUAGCACAUUGUCAUCUCAUUGGUUUAAUAGGCUGUUUAAGUGUGCCUUAGUCACACAUUUGCUUAAUAGAAAGGAAUUAUUUUAAACUGCUAAUCCAUGUGUCAAGUGGAAGGGAAAUGGGCCCAAUAUUCCAAUAAACAUAUCAGCAAUGUAACACUUUGAUAACAGGAUCAUGGACGCAGCCCAGGGCUGGGGGGAAACAAUGUGUUAUUUUAGAAAAGAAAUAAUUUGCCCAGUCACACUUGUGAAUUUGUAUUCUUACAUGAGUUUAAAUUGCUAACUUCAAAAAAGCCUCAUUAAAUUUUGCUAUUCUAAAAGAUCCUAAAAAGCUUCAGUGUUCUAAAUAUCCCCAUUAAAUGUGAAUAUUUUUCAGAUAAGUGGAUUUGUUUUGUACAUCUCAGAAUUAUAAGUGGCGUGAAGAUGAGUAGCAAAAGAAAUUUGUAAAAUGUAGCCCUUUCUAAUCCUCUCUCUCUGUCCACUCAAUUUUCUGUUUUCUUUUUCCAGGUACACUCUGGCAAUGGGGAUAGACAUUUUUUUUUUUUUCCCACUGAGAACUAAUUUUAAGAUCUGCCCAUCACAAGAUAAAUACAUAUUAAUCAGUCAGAGUUUUAGUUCUAUAAUACCUUUCCUUUAUCUUUCAAAGAUGUAAAGUGCCUUCACCUAACAAUCUUGAGACCUGGCUUAUUGAAAGAUGACAUAUUUCUUACAGGCAUUUAUAAUCUCAUACUCAGAUUGAAUCAGAAUUCGCAAAGUAAAAUAUUAAAUUAAGGCAGUUUCAAGUAUAGCUUUGAAGAAAAAGAAGCUGCUUCCAAUUUUUAAGCUUCUGGUUAUAUUAUUUUAUGUUUGCGUUACACCGUUAUGUAGUUUGCUGUAACCAAAAUGGUAAUUCUGAUGUCUUCAGCCAAAAAUCCAAUCAGCUAGGCCAAAGAAAUGCAUGGCUACUCUGUUUCUUGUGCAGGAUUCAGUCAAGAAUUAAUUCAGAAACAGUUGAUUCAGUGUCUACUUCUAGUCAGAUCUUUAAUGAGUGUAGACAGAGCCGAGCAGUAUUCCACCUGAUUCCUUUGAUGUCUGCAGCCAAUAAGCACUGAGGUUGUUUUUCUCAGAGGGAAACAGAUUUUAUUUUCCAGGGGCUAAUUAACAUGCACCACCUCAGUCCCCAAAGGACCACACAGGUGCCUGUACUAUGCCAUAUGUCAUGUGCUAUAUUCAUGCAAGCUCAAGAGAUUAAUAUACAGUCAUUAUUAUGAAUGAUUAUGUUGCAUUGAAGUUAAUGUGGGUCUUUUGUUCUAAUUAAAGUACAAACUUGGCAUCUGAAGAGAACUUAGCUAGAGAAGUAGACUUAGAGUCCCUGUCUUAAUGAACUACAUAUAUUUUUUAAUCAAAAUGUGUAAUUAUUUAAUGAUCUUGCCUGCUCAGUAAUUAUAACUCUCCAACUACUUCAAAGAACCCUUAUUCAAUGUGUUACCAUGCAGACGGUUAAUACUUGUUGUAUGUCUAUCUUUGGAAUCUCUCUGCCAUUUUUGAUUAUGUUUUCAAUGUGUAUGGUAGUAUUUUAUUAUGAAUAAUACUAAUUUUUAUUUCAUUUUAUAUCAAGUUGCUGCAAAUGGAUUACCUUACUCUAAAUGAUAGAAUAAAAUGUUACUAUACUAUGAAGAUGAUUUUGGCAUAUCUGUUUAAUAAAAAACAAAUAUCCAAACAAAAAUAUUUUACUCCACCAUUGCAAAUUGUCUGCAAGAAACAAAAAGGCACAGAUGGUUAAGUGUAACUCACAUGAUUAUAUUCCAAAGAUGUCAUAAAUAAUUCUAUUUAGCAGCUGAAAUAGGACUCUAUUAGGUGAUUUAGUGUUUGCAUUGCAAACAGAAAGGUUUAGUGGCAAAUAUAUCCCACACACUCUAACUUGCUACUUGGAGAAUAAGAAUAGAAUUGUACUCAGAAAAGACAAAGGCUUUGUAGGACACUUUGAAGGGCUAACUUGUUUUUUUUUUAGAAAUCCUGUAAAUCAGCAUUACAUUUUGAUAAUGGUUUUAAAUAUGUGCUGGGAUUUUAACAUACUCCAGGUAUUGAGUAUUUUAACGAUAUCUGUAAUGUGGCAACAUUAAAAUAUACAAGCUUUUGUAAAGCAGAAAUUUCUCAGUGGUAUAACAUUAAAAAUAAAAUGCUACAAUAAAAAAUAAGGAUGAGCAGGAGACUAUAAAUUAACAUGGGGUAAAAUUUGAAGGGUAAUUUCUUCAAGUAAAUUUGCUGUGAUUAAAAAUAAAUACUUCUCAAGAGGUGGGCCAAUUACUGAAUUGCACUGAACUGCCUUAGUGUUGAGGUUUUUUUUUUUUUUCAAUAUAAUUUGAUUAUCGUCUGUGAUUCAGAAAUCUUUUCAUUGUACAGAGAUUUUCAUUGUCAUUGUCUUUGUUGUAAUUAAUUUUUACUGGCAUUAAUUUAGAGGCAUGUGUCUGUAAUUUUCUAAUUACAAUGUAUGGUUGAAUGUCUAAUUUCUAUAAUGUGUGGAUGCCAUCAGAAAUGUAGGGCUUUCUGUAUUUAGUCCAAGUGUGAUCUCAAUUUAUUGUAUAACCAUUUUGUAUUACUUAACAUGACUCAAUAUGCAGCUUUUGGUGUGACUUGGAGUGGCAAAAAAAAAAAAGAAUUGGGAUGUCAUAUCCAUAUUCAUUAAGAAUAUGAGUGGAUAUUUUAUGUUAGUUGCUUAAUAUUUGCACAUAAUUAAAAAUAUAGUACUAUGAAAUGAAGGCAUCUUUAAAAACAUGUUCUGAUUAAUAAAUACAAUGAAUAUGUACAGUGAAAUAGCAAUGUUUAAAACACCCACUUAACAUAUAUUAAAUACAGGUGAAAAUCA